CGUUCAUCUCCGCUUUGGCAACGUCACCCUCCAUCCAAAAACCGAAGUCUCAUCAUCUUCAACCUCCAGCCACAAAAAUUCCCACCUUCUCUCUGCACUCGCACGGCACAGGGAGCGACAAAAAUGGCGCUCACCACCGCAUUCCUCCCAAGGAAUCUCUCCCCGCCGUCCCUCGCCGUCAACAAGGCGAAAUUGCCGGCGAGGAGCGGCGACCGCAUGCGAGUGAGCUGCAGGAAGAAGGACCUGCACCCUCAGUUCUACGAGGACGCCAAGGUGUACUGCAACGGCGAGCUGGUGAUGACCACCGGCGGGACCCAGCAGGAGUACGUCGUCGACGUCUGGUCCGGCAACCACCCCUUCUACCUCGGCAACCGCUCCGCCGUCCUCGUCGACGCGGACCAAGUCGAGAAAUUCCGCAAGAAGUUCGGCGAGCUGUCGGAGAUCAUGGAGAUCCCCGUGCUCAAGGGGGAGAUCAUAGUGCCCUCGCGGCGCAAGUCGGCUAAGGGUGGUAAGAAGAAGUAGGGUUUCUUUGUGCUGUGCCUUUUGCAAUUAAAAUUGUGAUUGAGCCUUUGUUUAGUUGUUGUAAUUGAAUGAGAUGGUUUCUGCUCUAAUGGAAAGGGGAAAUUGAGAGUGGUUGAUGUGGAGAA